AUGGGUCUGCCGCCUCCCUGCUCUCAGCGGCGAGCCGUGGGGCUCUGGCGGCCUGCCCGGACUGACAUGCUCCCAGGCUCUUGCGGCCGCCCCGGCACCCCGGGCGCCGCGAGCACCACCAAGGGCAGCCCGAACGGCGAGUGCGGGCGCGGUGAGCCGCAGUGCAGCCCCGCGGGGCCUGAGGGCCCGGCGCGGGGGGCCAAGGUGUCGUUCUCGUGCCGCGGAGCGGCCGCGGGGCCCGCGCCCGGCUCGGGCGCGGGGCCGGGGCCGGCGGACGAGGCUGGCAGCGAGGAGGUGGGCCCCGCGGGGGAGCCGCGCGGCAGCCAGGCCAGCUUCAUGCAGCGCCAGUUCGGCGCGCUCCUGCAGCCGGGCGUCAACAAGUUCUCGCUGCGGAUGUUCGGCAGCCAGAAGGCUGUGGAGCGCGAGCAGGAGCGCGUCAAGUCGGCGGGGGCCUGGAUCAUCCACCCGUACAGCGACUUCAGGUUCUAUUGGGACUUCACCAUGUUGCUGUUCAUGGUGGGAAACCUCAUCAUCAUACCUGUGGGCAUCACCUUCUUCAAGGACGAGACCACAGCCCCGUGGAUCGUGUUCAACGUGGUCUCGGACACGUUCUUCCUCAUGGACCUGGUGCUGAACUUCCGCACGGGCAUCGUGAUUGAGGACAACACGGAGAUCAUCCUGGACCCCGAGAAGAUCAAGAAGAAGUACCUGCGCACGUGGUUCGUGGUGGACUUCGUGUCCUCCAUCCCCGUGGACUACAUCUUCCUCAUCGUGGAGAAGGGCAUCGACUCCGAGGUCUACAAGACGGCGCGCGCGCUGCGCAUCGUGCGCUUCACCAAGAUCCUCAGCCUCCUGCGGCUGCUGCGCCUGUCGCGCCUCAUCCGCUACAUCCACCAGUGGGAGGAGAUCUUCCACAUGACCUACGACCUGGCGAGCGCGGUCAUGCGCAUCUGCAAUCUCAUCAGCAUGAUGCUGCUGCUGUGCCACUGGGACGGGUGUCUGCAGUUCCUGGUGCCCAUGCUGCAGGACUUCCCGCGCAACUGCUGGGUCUCCAUCAACGGCAUGGUGGUGAGCCGGAGGAACCACUCGUGGAGCGAGCUCUACUCCUUCGCGCUCUUCAAGGCCAUGAGCCAUAUGCUGUGCAUCGGGUACGGGCGGCAGGCCCCGGAGAGCAUGACGGACAUCUGGCUGACGAUGCUGAGCAUGAUCGUGGGUGCCACUUGCUACGCCAUGUUCAUUGGCCACGCCACUGCCCUCAUCCAGUCUCUGGACUCCUCACGGCGCCAGUACCAGGAGAAGUCCAAGCAGGUGGAGCGGGGUCCCCGGAGCUGGCAGCCACUGACCCGGGCCCCCCCCGUUGUGCAGUCCAAGCAGUACAAGCAGGUGGAGCAGUAUAUGUCCUUCCACAAGCUGCCAGCCGACUUCCGUCAGAAGAUCCACGACUACUAUGAGCACCGUUACCAAGGCAAGAUGUUCGACGAGGACAGCAUCCUGGGGGAGCUCAACGGGCCGCUGCGGGAGGAGAUUGUCAACUUCAACUGCCGGAAGCUGGUGGCCUCAAUGCCACUGUUUGCCAAUGCGGACCCCAACUUCGUCACAGCCAUGCUGACCAAACUCAAAUUUGAGGUCUUCCAGCCAGGUGACUACAUCAUCCGCGAAGGCACCAUCGGCAAGAAGAUGUAUUUCAUCCAGCACGGUGUGGUCAGCGUGCUCACCAAGGGCAACAAGGAGAUGAAGCUGUCCGAUGGCUCCUAUUUCGGGGAGAUCUGCCUGCUGACGCGGGGCCGGCGCACGGCCAGCGUGCGUGCGGACACCUACUGCCGCCUCUACUCCCUGAGCGUGGACAACUUCAACGAGGUGCUUGAGGAGUACCCCAUGAUGCGGCGGGCCUUCGAAACCGUCGCCAUCGAUCGCCUGGACCGCAUUGGCAAGAAGAACUCGAUCCUGCUGCACAAAGUGCAGCACGACCUCAACUCGGGCGUGUUCAACAACCAGGAGAACGCCAUCAUCCAGGAGAUCGUCAAGUACGACCGCGAGAUGGUGCAGCAGGCAGAGCUGGGCCAGCGCGUGGGCCUCUUCCCACCGCCGCCGCCGCCGCAGGUCACCUCCGCCAUCGCCACGUUGCAGCAAGCUGUGGCCAUGAGCUUCUGCCCGCAGGUGGCGCGCCCGCUCGUGGGGCCGCUGGCGCUCGGCUCGCCGCGCCUCAACUAUCCAUGCCCUACUGCCAUGCUUAGGGGCCCCUGA